AUGGUACCUGGGAAGCGUCUGCCCCCGUACCUGUCUGCUGAUGUGGAGGAGGGGGAGGUCUCAGAUGAUGACAGCGCCGAUGAGAUGGAGGACGACUACAAGCUGAAGAACAGCAACAGUAAUGGCCAUCUGCAGAUGGAGGGCCACAUGAGGAGGAAGCUGGACUCCCUGCUGAGAGAGGCUCAGAUCGGGGACAAGGAGGACGGGGACAGCUUCAGCAUCCGGGCCCUGCUCAGAGCCACGCACGUGGGCCUGCAGAAGAACCUGCGGCCGUCCUCCAAAGCUCCCCUGAAGAAGUCUCAGAGCAGAUCCUUCAUCAGCACCCUCAAACAGAAGAGGCACUCCAAGUCACGGCUGAAGUGUCAGAGUGAGGAGGGAGAGGAGGACGGCCAGGAGACUUCCGGAAGAGAGGCGGGAGGACAACUAAACAGGGGUGGGAGGAAGAGAAAGACCAUCAAGCUCAGCAGAGAUCUGUCAGACCUGGUGGUGUUCACCAACUCUGUAGCCUCUCAGGACAGCCUGGACGAAGGGACUCCAGGGGACGUCCUGUCAUUCAGCGAGACACGAGCCCAGUCUCUGAUCAGCCACAGAGCUGAGAACCUGCUGUGCUUCAACCAGAGGCAGCUGUCUCGUAUCUACCCCUCUGCCUACCGCAUCGACUCCUCCAACUUCAACCCCCAGCUCUACUGGAACAUCGGCUGCCAACUGGUGGCUCUGAACUACCAGACGGAGGGACGGAUGAUGCAGCUGAACCGCUCCAAGUUCCUGGUGAACGGAAACUCAGGCUACGUCCUCAAACCCCCCACCAUGUGCAAUGGCUCCUUCAACCCCUGCAGUGACGACCCCCUCCCAGCCUGCCCCAAGAAGCAGCUCAUCCUCAAGAUCAUUAGUGGACAGCAGCUGCCCAAACCUCCUGACUCGAUGCUGGGUGACCGGGGAGAGAUUAUUGAUCCCUUUGUGGAGGUGGAGAUCAUCGGCCUGCCAGUGGACUGCUGCAAGGAGCAGACUAGGGUGGUGGACGACAACGGUUUUAACCCUGUGUGGGAGGAGACCCUGUCCUUCACCCUCCACAUGGCUGAGAUUGCCAUGGUGCGCUUCCUGGUCUGGGACCACGAUCCUAUUGGUCGAGACUUCGUAGGCCAGCGGACCAUCGCCUUCAGCAGUCUCAUGCCAGGAUACAGGCAUGUUUACUUGGAGGGACUGACAGAGGCCUCCAUCUUCAUCCACGUCUCUGUUCAUGACAUCCAUGGAAAGUGGAGUCCCCUUGUCCUGAACCCCAGCUUCACCAUAAUGCACUUUCUAGGAUCCAACAAGGGUCGUCAGCUGCGAGGCAUCCGGGGUCUAUUCAACCGCGCCUCCAAAUCCUCUGUUGACACCAACUCAAGCUCCACCCCCAGGAAGCGUUCUCUUAGUGACCAGCUCCUGCGCCGCACGGCCAGUGCCCCCGCCAAGGGUCGCAAGAAAACCAAGAUGGUGCUCGCAGAGUCGUCGUCCUGCAUCGCGGACAGGAAGGACAGGAAGGGCAGCGCCUCGAAGGGGGCGGGGACGGGAGGGGAGGCGGCGGGGGUGGAGAGACGCGGCCCGCCACCCCGACCCUCCCUGACCCAUCGACCGCUCUCCAUGCCCCUAGAGAAGAUGCUCCAGGGCCAGCUGUCGCUCUGCUCCCCCAGUCAGCACCCGGACCUGGGGACAGACACUGUCAUAGGAACCGGCCCCGUGGACUGGCCUAGAUCCGCCUCCCUGGAUCUCCUCAUCCAAUCAUCUGCUUCUCUUCAACCCAGAGUCUCCACCCCUUCCACCCACCCCACAGAUAGGACCGGAGAGCCCGACCAAUCAGACGUGAUAUCCUACCUGGUGAUUGGUGGAGAAGCAGGAAGAGGUGAGGGAGAGGAGAGAGUGCUGAAUGGACCAACGAGAGACGAGGAUCUCUGCUCUCCUCAGAGGAAGUUGCGUAUCCAUAGCGACCCCGCUAAGACAGACGGCAGCCAUGUUUUCUCCCCUCCUCCAGAGACCGAUCACAGCUCCACCCUCCGCACUGCUGCCCCUCCCCCUUCCUCCUCCUCAGCACCCCCCCGCUCCCCUGUCAACGUGGAUCGCUCCGACCUGCGUAGCCCCGCCUCCUUGCAGGAUAGCGCCCUCUCACGACUCAUCGAUGCCGUCUCUAUCGGCAACGACAGCGACACCUGCGGGUCGAUCUCCGCUCUGAUUGGCCAGUUUGAUCUCACCGCUGACAGGAGUGACCUUGCCAUGACGACAGGAAACCCUGGCCGCCACGUCUUCGGCAUCCCGUCCCCUCCCCCCCGCCCUCUUCCCCUCCAUCUCCAUGGUUUCCAGGGCUCCAGCACCCCCACCCAGACCCCCCCGGACCCCCCCUCGCCUCGCAGAACCCCAGGGAACCCCCUUUCUCCUCAUAAGGCGAACAAAACCUCCAGCUACACCGACAAAAUUACAGGCUGCUUCUCUCCUCAGAAGACGGCUCACACGCCCAGCCCCACGAGUCACCGGGAGGCCCUCUCUCCUUCCGAACCCCCCCUGGCGGCCUCCCCUGGUGGCCCCCCUCCUCUCUUCUCCAGCCCAGAGACCACGGAGCAGGAGGAAGUCUACACCAUCCUGGACGAGGAGGUGCUGUCUCCCGUCUCGGUGUACAACCUGAGGGAGCAGACAAUCAGGAACAUCCAGGCUGACUCUGCAGAGAGCACCCCCCCAGCCAGCCUGGGUCCCUCCCCGAUCAGAGUGCCUCCUCUCCCGGGUACGGAAGCCACAGAGCCCUGGGGGAGCUCCCCCACCUGGAGGGGAGUGCUGGAGGAGACAGGGGAGAGCUACCUGGACGAGGAUGCUGUCCCGGGGUUAGAGAGAGAGUGGGGCGUGACAUGGAGUCACACGCGCCCUUCCGUGAACGGGAACCACUUCCUGUUGUGUCAGGACUCGGCAGGAAGUAGUUUGAUGGAGGUGGAGGUCAACGUGGACGAGGAUCCGUCAGAGACGGCUGUGGCGUCGCCACGUCACGCCCCGACCUGGAGACACUCCAGCCCCACCAAACGCCACGCCAUCUACCAGCAGAGCCGCUCCAAUCCAGACCUCCCACACCAACACCAGUUCCCGCUGCGCUACACUCCCCAGACGCAACGCCCCCUCUGCCCCUCCCCCCUCAGCCUUCCCUCACUCCAGCCCUCCCCGGGCCACGCCCCAUUGGCCACACAGCACUCCGCCUUCCGACGCCCCCGUGCCCCCAGACCGACCAAUCCCAGCCCUCUAUGUCGCACCAGCUGCCCCUCCCCCCACGACAGAGCGGAGCUGACCAAUGGCGGUAGACAGUUCAGCAGGACAUUGAGCCAGCCACACAGCUACAAGCCUGGAGGCGUCCAGGAGGAGAGCCUGUCCAGAGAGCGAGGCCUGUACUCCCCCAGCUCUGACAGCGAUCUUACACACAGUCAGACAGACUACGGCUGCCUCCUCUCUGCCUCUGCACACACCCAGCCCUACAGCCCUACAGACAACCAGCCACACCCCCUUCCACAGACACACACGGGCCCCCCUCUGACCCCUAGUCCUCAGCCGGGGCCCGAGGCCCCCCGGCCCCCCAUCGCUUCCAGCCCCUGCAAGUCUAAGUCCCUGGGCGACCUGACGUCUGAGGACAUCUCGUGUAACUUCCAGAGCAGGUACCACAUCAUCAGCCGUAGCUUCAUUACCCCGUCCAUGAGGGAGCGGAGGAGGGGGGGCCCCCUGGGGGGCCUUAGCAAGCGGCCCCCGUCUGCAGAUAGCCUCACGGAGCAGUUGAGGAGGCUGGUGAGCCUGGAGGACAGCGACAAGCCCUCUCAGCCGCCCCGGCUGCCCCAGUCACUCCCCCAACUCCUCCCACCCUGGCACCAGUCCCAGCCCCAGUCCCAGCCCCAGUCCCAGUCCCAGCCCCAGCCCCAGUCCCAGCCCCAGCCCCAGCCCCCCAUCUCCCCUCCAGGUCUUGAGGAUGAGGACUCCCCGCCCCUCCUCUCCCGCCGGCUCUCCUCCCGCAGCCAGAGCAGGGUGCGUCACAUCAACAGCCGCGCCCGCGAGAGGCAGCAGGAGGCCCUGAAGCCCCGGGGAGGGACGCUGAACGGCGCCCCCUGCAGUAUGGGAGGGGUAGUGCUGCGUAACAAGCCGGCUUCCCAGAACCCCCCGGUGAACAGGCACUCCACCGGAUCCUACAUCGGGGGCUACCUGGACCACCUGGAAGCCCGGGGGCUGCCGGAGGGGGCGUGCACCAGCAUGCGCCAUGGAUACGGGGAUCACUAUGGAGACCAGUACUACACUGAUGACUCACUGUUGACCUCCGACUCCCCUUGCUCCUCCUCUGAGCCUGAGGUCUACUUCCUGCUCCGGCUCUAGGGUGAAUAUGUCACGGUUGAGACGACUAUGUCAUGUCAACGUGGAAGUUGGGUUGUCAUGGGACCAGUGGUGACUCAUUAGCUGCUGUAACAGGACCUUAAACUAGCUAAGAGGUCAUGGUAGCUAACUGCUGCACUCUUAAAACAAAACUAAAUAGGGCAACAAUUGUAAAACCAAAUUAUCACACAAUUUGUUAUAAACAUUUCUUAAAUCUAGACAACUAUGUCGAUGUAAAUCCACUCAUUUUGUCAUCCUUUGUAAUGCAAUAUGUUAGCCAAAGCUGAUCCCUUGACCAUAAAACAUUUACUUCUACAAAUUACACAGGCUAAUGGGUAAUCAAUCGCUUUGUCUCAUCCUACAUAUAUUGAUUUUAGCUCCUGCUAUAAGCACUGUAGACUAAAUGACCAUCGACAAUACUCAGUACUCACUCGACAACUGUCAUAAAUCAAAAACAUUCUUGAGCAAUGCCUUGUGAGCCAAAUGGAACUGAUUGAAAUAUGUAACUGUUGUUUGGAUCCUGUGGGCUUCUGACGAUACUGGGCGACUUCCGUCAAAUCACACAGAGACAAUGUUCCCCUACUUUCAAAUGUAACUGUCAGUUCUUAAGUCUUACCUCCUGGUAAUGACUGUAAAAAACGUGUGAGAAAAACGUGUACUUCCUGUGCGUCCUGUCCAAUGAGGACGCACUUCAGUUGGAGAUCCUCUUCCUGGUUUGCCAGUCUUACUGUAAAUGUAACCUGUAUAAAUACUGUCUGUUCUGAUCCAGUGUUUGAAAUGUUUUUGGGAACAGAUUCCUGCAAAACUGUCCUACAUUGGCAGUACUGCCCUGCAUUGAUUGUUCAUGUUGCUGUCCUGUUGCAGUAGUUCUGUUUCCUGUUCAAACAUGUAUAUUUACUAUUGAGCAAAAAAACUAGGAAACCUGAUGGAUUGUUUAAUGUAGGUCUGUUUAGUCUAAUGGUCUUUUUUGAAAAUGGAGUCAAACAUGGUCAGAGAUCUUGAGUCUUCCUUCUCUUUUGAAUGUUAUUAGUAAGUUUGUGUUGAUUUGGACAUAAUUUUUUUUUUCUCCAUAGAGUCCAGUUGUUAGUUAGGAACAAACUGUAAGAUUAUGUUUUUCUGCAUGUUAAAUGUCAAGCAUGACUAUGCACCAACUAUAAGACAAUUGUGUACUACUAGCUUUGCACAGAACAAGACAAGUUGCAAUGGAUGCAAAACAGAAUGUAGACAUGCUUGCAAUUGGAUACACUACAGUACUAUAUGGUACAUCAACAUGCUUGCUCAGAUCUGCUUUUGCUCUUAACAAGCUCUAAAACAAUAUCCCCUCUUUUGCGUAAUCAAAACUUUUUACUUUGAUAAGGUUUCAUGCUAGAGGCGGCUAAUAUUAAUACUUGUUUGUUUUUUUCGAUAGAGAGACAGUUGCAGACCGAGGGUUUUAGAUGAACAAACAAAAGAGCAGUUUUUUAUUUUUGUUUUGUGUGUUUAAGUUCAUCCUCUCUUCUUUGUAUGAUUCCUCCACAGAUUACUGAGUUUUCUUACCAAUGCAAUA